AUGGCGGACCUGUACAGGCUGGGUCUGCGGCCUUCAUUACAGUACCCGGCACGACUACGCAUCACUGAGGCCGAUGGCGUGCGUCGCACGUUCGGCUCCGUGGUUGAUGCGGAAAGUCGUUUAGCGCGCUGCAAGAUUUCCUCGCGAUCCUUCCACCGCAGUAGUCUGGCGAUGAUGGCCAGUCGCUCCCGCCGCCGGGUUUCCCUACGCGACGAGGUGGAGUUCAGUUUCCGGGUCGCAGAGACACAAGUCGAGGUCGCGAAAAGAGUCAGCAGCUACACAGCCCUGUCCUUGCAGAGGUGGAAGAACGAGCCUUACCCUUUACCUAAGUACGUGGAUGAAGUGGAGCUGUAA